GCCACAAACAUUAACAGCGCAAUAGCCAUAUCCACUAUAUAUUCCACUUCCUUGAAUUGGUUUGUCCUUUUAUUUUAAACAUUCCCCUUUAUUCAUGACAUUCGUGUCAAAUGCAUUGGGUUCAUUGGGUUCUCUUAUUGAUUACUUGUCAAUUGCCACCAAAAAGCUUCACCAUUCACAGUCCCAAAACAGCCUCCCGCCCGCUCUCACCAUAUCCCAUAAGAGAUGGCGCAUUGCUCGUACAUUUAUCUAUUCAUCUCGAGUACUCGUGACUCUUGCAAUAGAUGUCAUUACCAGGAAACAGGACCAACUCGUCAUCACCAUCCUACCAUCCUCUCCCUCUUUCACCACCCUAGACAUCAAACAAACCACCCCAACCUUCUCUGCCAUCGACCAAACAAAGCUCACCCAAAUUGUCAAGAAUAAGAAUUUGGACCUUCUACGACACGAGUAUGGAGGAGCCCAAGAGGUUGCACUUGCACUUGAUACUCACACAGAAAAUGGAAUCCUUGGUGACGAUGAUGAUGUCCGCCACCGGCGUGAGGCUUUCGGUUCCAACACAUACCACAAACCACCUCCAAAAGGCUUCUUACAUUUUGUGUUGGAAGCUUUUAAGGAUACCACGAUCCUCAUCCUCUUGGUCUGCGCCACACUGUCUCUUGCUUUCGGCAUCAAAGAGCAUGGGCUGAAAGAAGGGUGGUAUGAUGGUGGGAGUAUAUUUGUGGCCGUCUUUCUAGUAAUUUCUGUUUCAGCUGGGAGUAACUUCAGGCAAUCCAGACAAUUCGAGAAGUUAUCAAGCAUCAGCAACAACAUCCAGGUUGAUGUUGUAAGAGGCGGGCGACGGCAACAAAUCUCCAUCUUCGACGUUGUAGUUGGAGACAUUGCAUGUCUGAAGAUUGGUGAUCAAAUUCCAGCUGAUGGGUUGUUCUUGGAUGGUCAUUCUUUACAAGUGGACGAGUCAAGCAUGACGGGAGAGAGUGACCAUGUUGAAGUUGAUAAAACCAGAAACCCAUUUCUGAUAUCUGGGGCCAAGGUGGCCGAUGGCUAUGGUCACAUGCUGGUUACCUCCGUUGGCAUGAACACAGGGUGGGGCGAGAUGAUGAACUCAAUAAAUCGUGAUUCUAGUGAGCGAACACCACUCCAAUCUCGGCUCGAUAAGCUGACUUCAUCUAUUGGGAAGGUUGGUUUGGCAGUUGCUUUCCUCGUCCUUGUGGUGUUACUCGUACGCUAUUUCACUGGAAAUACAGAAGAUGAGAAUGGAAAUAGGGAGUUCAACGGUUCCAAGGCGAAGAUCAAUGAUGUGCUAAACUCAGUGGUGCGCAUUGUUGCUGACGCUGUUACAAUUGUAGUGGUGGCUAUUCCAGAAGGUCUGCCACUGGCUGUCACACUUACUCUUGCCUAUUCCAUGAAAAGAAUGAUGGUUGAUCAAGCCCUGGUUCGGAAACUCUCAGCUUGCGAGACAAUGGGCUCAGCUACUACUAUCUGUACCGAUAAAACAGGUACACUCACAAUGAAUCACAUGAAGGUUACUGAAUUUUGGCUCGGUCAGCAAACAAUAAGUGACGUUGCCUCUUCUGCAAUUGCACCAACUGUUCUUCAAUUAUUUCAUCAAGGAGUAGGUCUGAAUACAACUGGUAGUGUAUUUAGACCAACUUCAGGGGAAACCCCAGAGUUCUCUGGCAGCCCAACGGAGAAAGCUGUUCUCUCAUGGGCUGUAUUGGAACUAGACAUGGAUAUGGAAGAAUUGAAGAAAAACUAUACAAUUAUGCAUGUUGAAGCUUUCAAUUCAGAGAAGAAACGAAGCGGUAUAUCAAUGAAAAAGAAGGGGGAGAAGACAAUCAACGUGCAUUGGAAAGGAGCUGCUGAGAUCAUAUUAGCAAUGUGCUCAAGUUACUACGAGAGUUCAGGAAGCAUGAAAACCAUGCAUGAAGAGGAUAGGAUGAAAUUCAAGCAAAUAAUUCAAUCUAUGGCAGGGAAGAGUCUUCGAUGCAUUGCUUUCGCCCAUAGGCAAAUUCCAAAUGAAGAAUCCAGAGAUAACACAGAUAAGAGAGCUCAUCAAAGCCUUGAAGAAACCAACCUAACCUUACUAGGACUAGUGGGCAUAAAAGAUCCAUGUCGACCAGGGGUCCAAGAAGCGAUCAAGGCUUGCAGAAAGGCCGGAGUGAACAUCAAGAUGAUCACCGGAGACAAUGUGUUUACUGCAAGGGCGAUAGCCAUUGAAUGUGGGAUACUCGAGCCCAAUCUAGAUAUGAACAAUGGGGAAAUUGUGGAAGGUGUGGAAUUUCGAAACUACACACAGGAGGAGAGAAUAGAGAAGGUUGAAAGGAUUCGUGUUAUGGCAAGGUCUUCUCCCUUGGACAAACUGCUGAUGGUUCAAUGCUUGAAGCAAAAGGGCCAUGUGGUUGCAGUCACUGGGGAUGGAACCAAUGAUGCACCUGCUUUAAAAGAGGCUGAUAUUGGAUUAUCCAUGGGUAUUCAGGGCACAGAAGUUGCCAAAGAAAGCUCAGAUAUCGUGAUCUUGGACGAUAACUUUGCUUCCAUUGCCACUGUUCUAAAAUGGGGUAGAUGUGUUUAUAACAACAUCCAAAAAUUCAUCCAAUUUCAGCUCACAGUCAAUGUUGCAGCCCUGGUGAUAAACUUCGUAGCAGCAAUUUCUGCCGGAAAGGUCCCACUAACAGCAGUCCAAUUGCUAUGGGUGAACCUGAUCAUGGACACAUUAGGAGCUUUGGCUUUGGCCACUGAGCGACCCACUGAAGAACUCAUGGAGAAGCCACCUGUAGGACGAACCAAGCCACUUAUAACCAAGGUCAUGUGGAGGAACCUCAUGGCUCAAGCUCUAUAUCAGAUAGUCAUGCUCUUGACUCUACAGUUCAAGGGUGAGUCAAUCUUCGGGGUGAAUGAAAAGGUCAAGGACACCUUGAUCUUCAAUGUAUUUGUGCUAUGCCAAGUCUUCAAUGAGUUCAAUGCAAGGAAAUUGGAGAAGAAGAAUGUAUUCAAGGGAAUACAUAAAAACAAGCUUUUUCUAGGGAUCGUGGCCAUAACCAUCAUUCUUCAAGUGAUAAUGGUGGAGUUUCUUAAGAAGUUUGCAGAUACAGAGAGGUUAAAUUGGAGGCAAUGGUGUGCCUGUUUUGGAAUAGCAGCCAUGUCCUGGCCAAUUGCUUGGGUUGUCAAAUGCAUACCAGUUUCAGAUAACCCAUUUCUCAGAUCUCAAGUGGUGGGUCGUCUUUGAAGUAAAAUGCAAUGAAAUGACUUCAGGUAUUUGUUCUUCAUGUUUAUAUGUAUUAAAUAGUAUUAUAUAUUGCAUUCCUUCCUUCUGUAGACAAUAAAAUAUAUUGUUCAUGUUCUUGUACACAUUGAUGAUUCCUUAAUGCCACGAUGUUUCUUAUAAGUUAUAAACCUCAAUAAAAUAUUCUUUUUUUUUUC